GUGUAUAUUAUUAGGAAAAAAUUGUCAUAGUCUGUAUUUGUAAAAUUGCUGUCACUGCCAAAGAGAUAAAAUGACUGAUCGGAAAAAAUUGGCCAUAGCACUGGUAUGCUCAUCGAAUCUAAAUCGCAGCAUGGAGGCCCACAAUUUCUUGGCCAAGCGCGGCUUCAAUGUUCGCUCCUACGGCACCGGUGAACGCGUGAAGCUGCCUGGCCUUACGUUUGACAGGCCAAAUGUUUAUGAGUUUGGGACCAGCUAUGAAGACAUUUACCGGGACUUGGAGUCCAAGGAUAAGGAGUUUUACACACAGAACGGCCUGUUGCACAUGCUGGAUCGGAAUCGGCGAAUCAAGAAGUGUCCGGAGCGUUUUCAAGAGACCAAAGAAAAAUUCGAUAUCAUUGUUACCGUUGAGGAGCGUGUCUACGACUUGGUUAUACUGCACAUGGAGUCGAUGGACUCAGUCGACAAUCGCCCCGUACACGUGUUGAACGUUGACGUUGUGGACAACCAUGAGGAGGCUUUGAUGGGAGCGUUCUUGAUAACGGACAUGCUAAAUAUUAUUUCAAAAUCAGACGACAUAGACAAUGAUAUUGAUGAGAUUAUACAAGAAUUCGAAGAGCGUCGCAACAAAACAAUUUUACACUCGGUGAUGUUUUACUGACGAUCAACGCAUCGAACAAACUCAACCUGCGUUAAACAUACAUAUAUUAGACCCUUGAUAUGGACUCUACAUUGCAAUUUCCGCAUUUGCCCAAAGCGAAAAAGAACAUUAUUUACACACACUAACAUACGUAUACGUAAACUACACUGUAUUCUUGCUUACAUCACGAAUUUCACAAAGCCAGAAUCAAUACUAUUUACACAUGCAUACUAAUUGACACUGCGCUAUUCGUUUGGUAGGAGCCAUUGCAAAGGAUCGUGCUUUUCAUUUACCCCGAAUUAAAUGUAGCGGACAGCAAUACUAUUUAUACAUUCAACUGAAGACGGCAUAUUAUUCGAAUUUUCUGAUCAUACUAGUAGCAAUGAAAUUAAUUUACAAGACCUGUGUAUAUUUACAUAUUUAUAAAAAUUUAUAUAUAUGUAUCUGUAUCUGAGGAUGCGUGUCCUUAUGUCCUGUUUUAUGUUGCAUACGUACAUAUGUUUAUACUCUGAGUAAAUAAUGGCGAUAUAUUAAUCUCAGGAAAUAUUGUUUAAUGUUUUGUUAUCUGAUUCUAAAACUCCAUCGAGGCGGGAUGUGGUGUAUGUGUAUCCCGAUGGCAUCUCACAAUCAACAAAUAUAAACUUUUUUAAUCGUAA